AUGGACUCAUCCCCUAGAAGUACUGCGUCUUCCGACCUAUACUCUCCCUCAGAGUCAGCGCAGCCAGAAGCUGCUCCCAUAACGAACGGUAUCGAGCAUAAAGUCUCCCACAAGCGGAAACGGGAACAAGAUCCAAAUCCUAACCGUAUCAUGCAGAAUAGGAGAGAUUUUCCUACAGUUGUUGACAGCCAUGGAUCUACAGAUGAAGCUCCUUCCAGGCAGGCCGAUAAUCUCAUGGAGAACCUUUCCAGAGUCAAGCGACCCAGGCCAAACGGUUACAGUAUUGGAACAGGAGCAGACCUUUCUUGCAAAUCGUCUGCGUUGCCUGCUGUUCACUGGCAACAUAUCUUCUGUUAUGUUCCACCCGUCUUUCUUGGGCGUAUGUUAAGCGUAAACCACGCUUUCAAUACCAUUUUGACCCCUGGCCAAAGUGAAGAGGAUCCCACUCCGCUACCUAAUAGCAUUAUACAGCCACUUAAAGCAGAGGCCAUUUGGGCUCUUUCUCGGAGAAGAUUCUGUCCGGGAAUUCCAAGGCCUAUCCAUGGGUUAAUGGAGCUUGAAAUGUGGAAAUUGCUCAAGGGAAAUGGUUGCCAGAUCUGUGAAAAGGUCAAGGUUGAUACUUCUGUAGCAAAUCCACAGGAUCCGUGGGAGUCCGGACCUGGUGACACCGGUGUCAGGGUUAUCUGGCCCUUUGGGCUAAGGUGUUGCGGUCCAUGUUUGCAAGACAAUACUCAAAAGGAACUGGAUCUUUCUAUGUCGUCGGAUUGCCCGUUUUUCCUCCUGCAGGGUCUCCCCUUUGCCUUCAUAUCAGAAAAUUACCACUACAUUGGUCAUAACGUCUUGCGAAGCAUUACAGCUCCACCUAUGCUGCGCAUGACAAAACGUUACUACAAGCCCGAUGUGGAGGAGAUCAAGCGCCAAUUUGAAAAUGCGAAGGAGCUUGGUGUUGCGUCCGCAGAAGAGUGGACCAAGGGCCUGGCUCAGCAAGGGCAGCAGUGUCUCGAGGACAUCAUCCGCUGGGAGCAGUGGGACUCCAAAGGCGGGCUGAAGAACGUGAAUUUGCGUCCGAAUCCCAAGGCAGUUAUUUCCAGUGCCAAAGGUGAAACCUAUUCGGAUCGAUCAACUCCGCAGAGCAUGGCCUUCUCAACGAAGUCUGAGGGCGAUCAGGCGAGUCCACUUGCGACGAGUGCAUCCACACCAUCGUUUCAAUAUCCUAAGAACCCCCCGGUCCCUAUCCAAGGCGGUGUGCAACAUGGACCUCAGGUUGCAUCCCAUCAGCCACGACCGGAACGCAACAUAAAGGACGUCAAUGAAGCUAAAGCAGCUCGACGAGCGGAGAUAGAGCGCCGCUGCGCAGCCUUGGACCCUCCUUUGUUGCCCAGUGUAUUGAGGCACAUGGACUCUUUCCAAGCAGCCAUGCAAAUAUCGCAGCCAAUGACGGACCAAGCGUGGGAAAUACUCAGGCCUCGUCUGCUUUCCCAGCUCACUUGUGCUGAACGGCGCGAGAAAGAGCAAGUACAGCAAACCGAGAUCCUUGCAGAGGAGUACAGACAACGACGUCAGCAGGAAGCUCAACUAAAGGAGACCAAGGAGAACUUUGACCGCGAAUGGGAGAACUAUCAGGCUCCGGUCCGGCAUCGGAUUGGUGCUUUGGCUACUGAGGCCAUUGAAUCCAGGUGGGCCGGAGGUAAAGCCGUCACGAAAGAAUCAAGUCCCAAAUUUGCGGCAGAUGUGCUGCUGGAUGUCCGCCAACGCUUUUACGCUGCAGUAGUACAGGAGGAUGAAGCUGCUCUUGCCGCUGGUGAAUCUGUAAAGACCGAUCCACCCAACGGACCACCAACUAGAAAAUUGAUUCUCGAAAAUAUGAAAUGGCUGUUCGAUACCAAGAUCAAGCCGCUGACGGACCAUUUCCAAAGAGAGCUGUUUCUUUGCAACGGUUGUGAUGGCAAUUUCAAGUUUUACGGCUUCGAGGGUGUAAUUCAGCACUAUGCUGCAAAACACACCACCGCGCUUAGUAUGGGAAACAUCGUGGUUCACUGGCGAUCCGAGUGGCCGGAGCAUCCUCCUUUCAACCCUAAUCCCAGUGUUGCUAAAACAAAUUACUACAAGAUCCCCACUCCAGCGCCUCCUGUACAAGUUCCGGCUGUUAGAGAUCCACGAGGACCAAUUACUUACGGCAACUUCGUUCAGCCCGUGGAGACAAGUACCCCAAAUGGAACAUCACAGCAUCAAACCCCCCAAUAUCCCACUGUUGGAUACCAAAAUUCGUACCCAGGCCCCCGCCAGGAAGGCCCUCCCCAAGUGUUACCCGCACAAUCUCACCCACCUGCAAACUCAUCUCACAUUGCCGGAGUUGGCCACUCUGGAGUUCAGAAUGGUUACGGAACCAGUACUGCCUCUUACAACCCGUUUCCCGUUGCGCAGCAAGGCCAAGUAGCACAGUAUGGCUCCUUUCCUGGUCAACAAGGAUACCCAGGAUUUCCACAAGGACAGCUUGGUACAAUCCCGCAGGGUUACUUUCCCGAAGUCAGUGCGAACAAUUAUGGAGGGCGCCCAUCGGUACCAUAUCCAGGAAAUUUCCAAAAGGGACCUUUGGCCACCCUUGCCCAAGUCCACAAUGUUCCUGGUCAAGUAUCAGAUCUGUAUCAGCGUCAAAUGGACGAGAUGGCCAAACAUGCUAAAGACGUUUUUACCGGCAUUGGCGGGGUUAAAGAUCUUCCAGGCAGCGUCCGGAUCUAUGUCGUAAUCCAACACACUGUUGCCAGAUUCAAAGCCUCUUUCCCCAAUGAGCCUAGUCUGUCUAUGUUUAUCGACGGGCUUGACCAUAAUGCUGUGAUGAGACCUGUCAGAAGUGUUAAUGGACUAGGCUGCAGAACUUGUAUGAACAACGGCACAGGAGCCAAGCUGUAUACAUUGCCUCACUUAGUCAACCAUUUCAGAACAGCUCACGUCGAGACGCCACAAAUGCUUGGGCACCCACAAGCUCCAGAACUCGAUUGGAAGCACGAUAUGAUAGAUUAUCCUGACCUCUCGGUCAUCUCCAAACUCCUCAAUGCUAAUGGUAUGACCGAUGCCAAACUAAGCUUGAUUGCUUUGGUCUUUCCUGAUGCAUUUCCCACUCCUCUUCCAAACCUGAAGAAUCGAACGAAUACGGGGCCUCACCCUAUGUACAGAAAGGAACUCGACGCGAAUACAAAAGGAGCCUCCGGAGCUCCGUCAAAACCGUUGGCCGCUCUCCCAUCUCAUUAUGGAGGUCAAUCUGGCGAUCAGUCUUUCAAUCGGCCACAUAGUGCUUUUCGGCUGUUGUCACCAGGUCGCUCAUCCGAGCCUCUUGAACCGCCGGGAGAGGAUGAAUACGAUCCCCAUAGACCUGCAUACUUAGGCAAGAUUGUCAAAAUUGACACUGGCUCAACCCAGUCUCACAAGCCUGUCCAGCAUUCGCCAUUACAAGAUGGUCACCGAUACUUGUCCUACACUCAGCAAGAAAAGUCUAACUAUGCAAUGCCUCCACGGCUGGAGGACGAACAAACUUACAACAGUGCCAGCGUAUCACGGCCGAAGAUAAGCGAGAAUUAUUCUAGGGAGUCUUACGAGCCAUUCGAGCAUGUGACGCAGCCUCAGUCUCCAGUUCCGAAUGCCAUAUCUCGGUCGGGGCACCGUUUCCACCAGCAUGCAGGAGUCCAAGCCAAGCCUUCUCGACCAGACAUUGUGAAUCAGUACGAUAUUCCUGUCGAUUACAUCAGAAAUUAUGGUCGUACUCCAGAGGAUGAGAGGCCUGGAGAGAUCUUGAGCUCUGUCAAGCGUGGCGCACAAGGCGUGUCCCCACCCGAGGCGGUAGUUGCUGCAGACCGAUUUCUCAACACUUUAGCCCCAGAAACUGAGGGUGCCCGUACUCAUAAGCGCUUUUCGUCGGAACGAGACACAGAAUGCGCUUCACAGGGCCAGUGGCUUAGCGAGCCACCAUUCAAGCGCCGACAACAGUAUUUCGGACAAGAUGGCGCUUACGAUCAGCGAUCGGGAGAUGAGGUCAAGGUCAAAAGGCAAGAGAACGACAUUCUUGGGAACCAGCUGCGGACAGGAGGUUCUUCCGAGCCAAGAAAGAGUAGCCAGGCCGCCGUUCCACAAAGAUCGGGUUCUCAUACCCAUUACUAUGACGGCUUACGGCCCUUAUCCCAAGUACCGUUGGGGCCUGUCAGAACUGGCGGCAGUCCGCCUGUGCGAUACGCUCCUUACGAAGACUCUGAGCAAGUGGUCGUCAACGAUCGUCAAGACAUGAACGGCAGUGUGCUGAAAAGACAACGCAGCGGGAGCCACACUUACCAAGUUUCACGCAUAUCACAAUAUCGCGACCAAUCAGCAUCCCCUCAACGACCGCCUGCAGAGACAGCUCUCUACCGGCCCAGAAGUCCGGUAGAAGAGGACAGACGCGAUUCUCUAUACCAAGUUCGAUCCCCGUCGUCACGCAGGGUAAACCGCUCCCAAAGGAUUCCCAAUAACGAGUAUGCGACGCAAACUCGUUAUGAGUAUAUUGAUGAUCCCUGUGUUCCGAGCAGUCGUCAUCAGCAACGUGUUGAAUACGUGCCGAUCAGGUAUGAGGAUUCUGGAAUUAGGGAGCCUGCUCGAUACGUUAUCGCUCGACCAGUAGAGCAGAUGGGCCCUGAAUACGUCCGCUACGAGUCGAGCUAUGCUGCGAACCCGGUUUACGAGCGCAACGGCCAGGUCUACGGUGCUCCUCAAAGACCUUAUCAGGAUCCAUACCGGGAAGCCCCAUCUUUUGCGCAGAGCCACCAGUACUGA